AUGAGCCUAAACUUCAGCGACGAUGAUGAGGUGUACACCCAGGAUGGGGCGAAAAUUGGCGAGGAAGAUGACUUAAAUGCGGGAGCAGCAGAGGACCCCACGGGGGGCGUGGCGGAGGACUACAUGGGGGACGCGGCAGACGACUACAUGGGAGACGGGGCAGACGAUCCCGUUGGGGAAGAGCCAAAUGAACAGGAGGAAAAGAAGAAACGGAAAAAAAGUAUAGGGUUUCAACUGAAAAACAUUUUUAACGAUGUAGCGUUGAAUAAAAUUACUGGCUACAUUAAGAAGAAGCGGAAGAGGAACAGCUACACAGACAAGUGGAACGACUCGCAUGGAGGUAAUAACGAAGGCAGUAGCGGUGGGGAAGGCGGCAGUGACGAUGAUGCAAUGGGAGAUGAAAUGGGUGAUGAAGAAGACGAGCUGCAAAAGUACGUGCGGGAGGAAAAAAACAAAAUAAAGCAAAUACUCCCAGAAAACGACGAACUGUGGGACAUAUAUAUGUACUUAAAUUUAAAAAAAAAAAAAAGAAAAAUUGACUACAGCGAAAAGCAUUACAACGCAGCUAUUAGGAAGAUACUACAGUGUGUGACGAAUGACUACAAAAAUAUUGUUAUUGCAAAGUUAUUCGAAAAUGAAGUGCUGAAGAAGUACUUAAUUUUACCUGACCAGUCAGAAUUUUUUAAAAACAGCAAAAUUGAGCAUAUCGGAAGGAAUACCUCUGUCCCCAUUAUAAGGAGGAAGAAUUACCUUCUGGCGAUAAAGAAGAAGCUAGUAGAAUUGUACUUAAAGGGAAACUGUUGCAGUUACACGAAGGAUGAGGAGUUGUGUCACUUGUACGGGGAGGAGAAGGAUGGCGGGGAUAUGUCUGACCAUCCACGGAGUAACGUUGACCAGGCGGGAAAAGACACCAACUUUAUAAUCGAAAGGGAGAAAAUAAAUAUGGACUUAUCUAAACUGACAGACAAGUACACCCGAAUGGUACAAAAGAUAAAACAGCAUCGUAGAAAAAACUUAAAAACAAGUUUCAACCUUUUUAUGAACUUAAUAAAUGAAGUUAUGUCAAAGUUGUACUUCCCCGUCAAUAAUGUUUUACUCAUGGGGGACAACAACACAGACUUAACAGAUAUUUACAAAACGGUUCGGCGUAAAUACAACAUACAUGAUGUGCUCUCCAAGGUACAAACACUCAGUCAGAAGAAGGAGAUGUAUGAGCACUACCGCGCAUAUUUGCUUUAUAAGUAUAAGACAACUUACUCCGUUUGUGAUGAGCUGUUUAAGACGCACCAAAUGGGAGACAACAUUAACGUGUUCAAUUUUAAAAAUUUUUACAACACGGACUUUGGGGCAGAUAAGUUCGGCGUCAUCCAGGCUGAAGGAGGUGACGAACAGGAGGAGGGAGAAAACGGGGCAGGUGGAGUGGGAACUUCCCCCCGUGACGAUGCGGUGCACAAGUCCCAGCAGGGUGCCCCCGGGGAACACUUCUCAGGUGACGUGUAUGAUGUGUACGACGGGGAGGAUUUCUUCCAAGUGAAUGUGUCCCCUGAUGGGGCGACAGCAAACGCAGCUGCAACGGUGGACUCCUCCAGUGUGCAGGCCGAAGCACCGGGUAUCGCCCCCUGUAUCGACCCCGUGAAUGCUGCCCCCCCUGAGGAGACGCCCCUGGAACGGGCCAAGCGGAUCGCCCGUGAGAAGAAGCAAAAGCUGAUGGAAAGCAGAGUUAAGAUUGUAUGA